UGUCAACUAACAUGGCUGACAGAGUUGACAGCUCAUCAAUUCAUAUAUUAUGAUAUAUAUCAUUCUAAUAAUUAGAUCUAAUUUAAUUUAAACCUAUAUAAAAAAAAAUAAUUUCCUUAAUUUAAAUUGCUAAACCAAAGUAGUACAUCUAGAUUCUAGAUCAUUAUCAUAAUGGCAAGUCCGCGGACCAGACGAGUUUUGAAAGAUCUUAAAUUAGUUGAUGGCAAUAAUAAUUGCUUUGAGUGUGGAUCACAUAAUCCUCAAUGGGUUAGUGUUACUUAUGGUAUUUGGAUUUGCUUGGAAUGUUCAGGGAAACAUCGUAGCCUUGGAGUACAUCUUAGCUUUGUUCGUUCUGUUUCAAUGGAUAAAUGGAAAGACUCAGAGCUUGAGAAAAUGAAAGCAGGAGGAAACAAAAUGUGUAAAGAGUUUUUCAUAUCACAGCCUGAUUACCAUGAAGGAAUGAGUUUACAGGAAAAAUAUAACACUAAAGCAGCAGCGCUUUUACGAGACAAGGUUGCAACUAUUGCCGAGGGUAAACCUUGGAGUAUAGAGACCUCUUCAGCUCGAAACUAUGUAGCAUUCCAACCUGGACGGCUAGCAACUUCAGCCUCCACUUCACGCCUGUCAUCAAGCUCAGCAUCCUAUAGAGACAGUGGAAGCUUCCACAGCAGUAGCAGCACUGGUGAUCUAGGGGAGGUCUACAACGCGGGCUAUCAGGACUCAGAAACAUUGAAUAGUAACUAUGUCAAGAGACAAAAAGAUGAUUUCUUCAGUAGAGUUCAACAAGAAAAUGCCAAUCGUCCAGACUAUUUGCCCCCAAGUCAAGGUGGAAAAUAUACAGGCUUUGGUAACACUCCUCUUGUGGACAACAAAAAAGAUGAUUUUUUUGAUAACACACUCUCAACACUUUCUACAGGAUGGUCAACUUUUGCCUUGAGUGCUACAAAGUUUGCUUCUGCUGCCACAGAAAAGGCCGCUCAGUUGGCCAGUACUACAGCCCAAAAAACCAAGGAGCUAGGUGCCACAGUCAGUGAGAACGUCAUCAAACCAACUGCUGAGAAGGUGAAAGAAGGCCAGUUGUUAAAUGAAGUGGGAACAUCAAUGAGUGGACUAGCAUCAAAGUUGUCUGCUGCUGGCACCAAAGGUUGGAAGGACUUACAGUCUUUAUGGAGUGAACCUAAAACCACACUGACCUCAGCAGACACUAGUCCAGGAGAGAAAUCUUCACUACUGAGUAGAUCGUCCUAUGGCAGUGGAGAAGACUCCUCUAAAAGUCAUCUUCUGGCAGAGGACGAUGAAUCUUGGGGAGAAUGGGGACAAGACUCUGAUUGGUCAUCCAAGAAAUCUAACAAACAGAACUCUGACUGGUCAGCUGGGAAUGAAGAUGACCUUGAAGCCUGGCUGAAUGAUGACAAGUCCACCAUGUCUUCUUCCACUGGAAAGGUGAAAAGUAAAAAGAAGGCUGAGGAAAAGAAGCAUGAUGAUGACUGGGAUACUUGGAGGAGUACGGAGACAGUCAAGUCAUCAGUCAAGUCAUCAGUCAAGUCUAGCUCCUCUGCCACCUCUAAGAGCAAAAAGAAAUCUCAGAAAUCUACUGAGGAUUGGGACAAUGCUGACUGGAACACAGGAUUCUCAGAGUCUUCUUCCAAACAGAAGCAACCUCUGGUGGGAAACCUCCUUGACCUGGAUGAUGGCAAUGGGUUAGUGUCAAGUGGUGCAGGAGAUGGCUGGAACAAUGAGGUCUGGGCAGAGGAUAAAGAUGAGGAUGAUGAGUGGCAGACCUUAGAUCUUGCUGAUGGCAAUAAAACCAGAUAGAUUGUGCUGGUGCUCUGUUUUGUCUGUGUACCUGUGGUCUCCUCCAAGUGGAGACAAGAUUGUUGCUGUUGUAUUAUACUGAAACAUUUCAUUUACCUUUAAAGUCAUCUUGUUGUUUGUAUGCUCCCAAAAAUGUGAAUGCUAAAACACAGCUGUAAAUUUAGCAGCAUUGAAUCCUAAAUGUCUGCAAUAUUUACUAAUUUCCUAAAACAUCUUAGCAUCCUGUUUAUAUGUCAUUGUUUAGUUUCUCAAGGUUUAUUAGUUUAAAUAAAAUAUAACAAUGUUGGUACAGUCUUAGAAUGACUUAUUUAAGGGUAAUGAAAUAAACUAAAAUUGAAUUAGAUUAGUAUAUUGCAACUUCAUAAUGUCUGUGAUUGACUUGAAGUUGCAAACCUUUAUUUCUUUAUUUAAAACAUUUUUUUCUAUUCAAUUGUAACUGAUGAACAACCUGGUUUGGAAUAAGAGUUUUUAAAAAUAACUUAAGAAAUGACUUUUAAGUUAUUAUGAAUUUCACUGUAUUUAUGUUUGGGUCAGUUAAAUGCUGAUCUGUAUUGAAACCAUUGAUAUUUUCUUUAAAGUUAUUUCAUGUUUAAUUUGUGUAUUUAUUGUCCUGAAAUUUUGUCAAUUAAUCAAAAGCUCUGUAGACAAAUUAAUUUGAAUUCUUUUUUUUUUAAUGCUGUAAUCUGCAAUAUUUUAAGUAGGCGUACAUCUAAUUUGAUUGAGAAAAAAAAAAAAACAUGUUUGUUAAAAAGAGUUUAAAAAUACAAACAACUAAAUUUUAAUUUGUGAGAUCUGGAAAGUUUUAGUUUUGGUCAGUUCUAUCAUAUGAAGUAUCAUUCCGAUCAAAUUUCUGUGUUCAUCCUUUAUAGGUUUAAUGAUCCAUAAGCUCCUACCACAGUAUCAUGUGUCUUUUAUGGCAGAGUCCUAAUAACAUAGGAUGGGUUUGAAAGUUAGCAACAGGUUUUUAAACUUUGCUUUAAGAAGAGCUCAUGAUGUCUCGUUGUGACUUGUUUUAGUGAAAACCAGAUGUGCUUCACUUUUUUAUUUUUUAUUUUUAAAAGUAAAAAAGUAAAAGUCAGUAGCCCCAGUGUAUAAGCCCAGACCUGGGAAAAUAGUAUUUUGAAUUAUUUUUUUGUUAUAUUUUGAAGGUAUUAAAAUAUUUUUUGUUUCAAACUAGACAUAUUGUUCUAUUUUGUAAAGUUGUUUAUUUAUUUUUUGUAUUAAAUCUAAUUUUUUUGUUGUUAUUAUUUUGAAUUUUUUCUUUCAGAUUUACCUCUCAUUGGGUAUGUUAAGGAUUUUUCAAACUGCAAUCAGAGCUAUUAGAAAACAAAUUGAUCCAUUAAAAUUCUUUCAAACUAUUUCUGUGCUGUCUUAGAACAAACAAAAAUUCUAGUCAGUGCUUGAAUUGGUCGGAUACAUUUCUAUGAAAUAUUUGUCAAUUUUGUAUUAAAGACAUUAUUAUUCCUUUCUCAUAGAGAUGAUGGUAGAUGUGUACAACUCAGCAUCUUAUGUCCCAGAAAUAUACUUGUUUAUAAUUACAGGUAUUGAUCAUUUUUUAUCUUGUUGCAACCAAGGAUUUGUUUCAUUUUUUUUUUAUUUAAUCAUGCUAUAAGUUUUAAGUAACACCUCAAUUCAAAAAAUUCUAUAGAAUUAUGUGAAACUCAGGUUUUUUUUUAAUAUUUUUCUGGGAAAGGGUAUUGGGGGGGGGGGGGGGCAUGAAUAAUGAAAUUUUAUAAGAUGAUGAAGUGAAUGAAAUCAAGUUGCUGUGUCUAUUUUUUUUCCCCUUUUUUUUUUAGUAAAGAUUUUUUUAAAUCUUGUGUUUAAGUUCUGAAACUUGUAUCAUUUGUUGCUGAUAGUAAAUGAUGUCAUUAGACCAAGAGGACCAGGUUCAUUUGUCUUCCAUAGUGAUUAAGUUUGCUGAUAUCAGAACUGCUUCAUUUAGCCAUUGGGUUAUUUUCAUUAUUUGUAGUAGUGAAGUUGUGACUUUGGUUACAUUGGUGUGUGUGCAUUGGAACACUUAUUUCUUAGAUUUGGAUUUCUAACCUGUGACCACACAUUGUCUUAUAUAAUAGUUGUAUUGUAUUGUAGCCUGUUUGCCUGUCUAAACAGUUAAUAGGCCAACAAUGUCAUAGAGUUUAGUCUUUAUCUCUGUAUAAGUUUUUGCAUUUGUUAGAAAUUUAAACAUUUUAUUUUCAUGCCAUGUUUACUAUUUAUUUAACUUCAUGAUCUAUACAUUCAUUUCAUGUAAUGCUUUGACAACACAUUUGUCACUAAUGGUUCAUCUGCAGAACAUAAGACGUAAAAGUGGUCCUCAAAUCCACUAGAUUUAAUGAAUUGUUCAGUUGCGCAAUCAAAAAGAUUUUCAUAGUAUAAAAUUAUUUUGUCUUAUAUGGAUUUCAUUAGUAAGUGGUAGUUACAUUGGAUGCCAUUGGAAUUCUAUUUGUUUUACUCUAUGUUGUCCUAGAAGUUUUGUGAUAAUUUGUUUAAUGCUUCCCAUGUAGCAAAGGUUUGAUAAGUGGAGUAUCACUGUAGGCUAUUGCAGAUGCUUGUAUGAUAGGUUUUGUUAGUCUGACUACACCUUCAAUUCUAAUUUGGAUGUUGAUUGAAUAUAGAGCUGUAGAGUUGAUGUCCACACAUUUAUUUCAUUCUUAUUCUGCUAACAUAAUUGUGGGUCUGCCCUAAGAUCUAAGAAUGUAAGUAGUUAGAAUAAACAGUUGCAAAAAAUGAAGUUUCGCUAAGUAUCUAUAACAAUCUUUUAUUUCUUGAGGUGUAUAAUUGUUGAUCACAUUUCACCUACAGACUGCUUAUGGUUAGAUAUACAAUGUAUCACUUGUUUAUAUGGUUCUAAUGGUUGUCAGCUUUAUCAAGAUCAUUUAUUGCAUAUGAAAGAUAUGUCACUAUUAUACUCAUAACUAGGUUUGAAAUGUGUUCGUCUCUGAAGUGUUGAGUUGAUACACUUUUUUGGACAGGUAUCAAGUCUAAAUGUAGGUCAUUGUUGAGGUGUCAGUAUUAGUGUCUAGUUGUUUAUGAUUCACAUGUCUAUGUUACCUACUGAUUUUACACUUGUAUAUUCUCUAUGUAAUGACCAUCUCAUUGCUGCAGGUUAUUAAAAAUAAACUCAUUGAAUGUGGAAAAUGUUUA